AGCCCUGCAGCGCUUCCAUGAAGUUGCGUUCUAGGUUCCAGCAUUUCGUUCUUUCUCGCCUACGAACGUGCCAGAUACUGUCCAAGACCGCGUUCAAAGGCCAAUUCGAGUGAGCCACAAGCUAGCGAUGGCCAAGUCUAUACCAAAUGACAUUUUUCAAUAUUCGCUUCAUUCGGCUUACAACGCCGGCCUGAAAGACGGCGGACCACCUGUGGCGUUCCUGACGAAUCACGGCAACCAUGGCUUAGGAGUGUUUGAAGAUGAGGAGAGUGACCUCGUCCAGGUAGACGGCAUAGCAUAUAGUAUCGACAAAGACGGCGAUGUAGAACCGGCCGAGAAAGAUGACCAGCUACCUUUUGUCAUGGUGACCAUCUUCCAGCCAACGCAGCGUGUCAAGCCACCACAAAGCACAACGAACAAGAAACUGUUGGAGGUCUUCCAAGCUGGAAAGAAUACGACCAUGCCAUUUCGGAUCCGUGGGCCUUUCAAGUACAUCAACACCAAACAGCAGACGUACUGGGAUGCCAAGGGCACGAUCUUUGGAUUCUUUGUGCCCAACUGGCAAUCGGCCAUCAGCGGCGAAGGUCUGCAAUGUUGCUUCUUGAGCGAGGAUAAAGGAAAUGGCGGACGCGUGGUGGAGUUUGAGACUGAUGAAGGUGCUGUCUUAGAGUGGUCAAAGUGCGGCCGUUUUCAUCUAGGCUUUCCCCAAGACGAGGAUUAUGACGAGUUGCAACUUUGAAAGGAUGAUGGAAGAAGGAUGGCGAGGCUUUCAAGCGACAUCAUUCGGUGUUCCAGAGGUCAUACGGGUUGCUUUCAAUCUUCAGACGGCAACGUGUAGCGAAUUAGUUGCAUCCAUGAGAUCGCUUUCACACGAUGGGAGGUUUCGUGUUUCAGAGAAUCAGGCCAUGGCGACUCCCGCAGGCGCCAAAACUUCUCUGCGGGCAUCGGUAGAAUUUGGCAGCUCCUCCAUGACUUAUCAAAUACGCGACUUUGUGAUGACUAAUAUAAACUUUGCCUUGCUGACGAUUCGCUAUGCGGAG